UUCUUAUUGACUCUUUUGAGCAGAAUUAGAACGUCGGCUAGUGCCGGCGGUGAAUGUUCGUAGUCGAGGCCGUCGUCGGAGAGUUCGAUGAACCAAUUGGCUACUUGAAGUUAAAGGGACGACUCACAGAGAAGGACUAGAAAAAGUUCACCGAUAUGAAGAAGUCGCACAUGGAACUCGAUCUCGAUUCGUUCCUAGUAUCGGACUCGGAUUCCGAAUCCGAUUUGGAUUCUUCAUCCGUUCCUCACCGUACAGUCGACGAAAUUCUCAACGCUUCCAGUUCUUCAUCUCCGUCGUCUUCUCCUCCUUCAUCUCCGCCGUUGAUUAGAGACCAAGUUAACCGGCGGAAUCAAAACGAUCCGACUCGCCGCUUAUCAGAAGCUCUUUCAAACGUUUCCGUGAGACCUGAAUCUGUUGAUUCCGAAGUAUAUCGCGGAUUCCCUCGCGUAAGCGAUCCGACGCGGCGAAAUUCGCCAUCGACUUCUUCUCUAAGACAGUUGCCAUUGCCGUCGCUAUUCGCAGGAGUGCGGUCGAAUGUGAAGCCCGGCGCGGCGCUUGCGGCGGCUGUGGCUGCUUCGAGAUUGGUUCCUACACCACACGCUGCUAUCAUCAAGUCGAGGAGAGCUAGCAGUGCUAGUAGCGAGUUGAUGCAGCAGGUUUUGGGAGCUGGAGAAUCAGUUUCAAAUCAAGACGCAGAUGAUCAGGAAGUAUUUUCUACAAAUGGCGUUUCUGUCGGAGUUGCUGUUGGAUCCGUUUCUGUUGAUGAAUUUCGUUCUUCCGGUGGAGAAUCUCGUCUGGAGGAUGAGGAUAACGGAGCUGAACUUGCAAGUCAAGAAAGCGAAGCUAAUGUAAUAGAAGUCCAACCUAGUGAUAGUAAUGUGACCGUUGCUGAUGCCCGUGAUUAUGAGGAAAACUCAAAACCUGACUUAGUCACUGCCUCCUAUGGUGUUGAUGCUGAAGGAGACGUCCCUGCAGAACAAGAGACGAUGACCACAAUGGAAGCUGAAAAUGCUGCUGUGGAAGGCGUCACAGAUGACACAGUUGUCGUUUCUUUGCUGGAGUCUUCAGGGUCUCAACAUUUGAAUGAUUCUGAUGGGAAUUCCUCUUCUUAUUCUCAAUCGGGUGAUGCUAAGGCAAGCAACGAUGAGGAAUCAAGUGUUGGAGAUGUUAAGAAUGAUGAUUUAGAUAGAAUUACACCGGAUUCUAAAGAAGAGGGAGUUGAUGCUUUUAUUCGUGAUGAUGGAAGCUCAAUGUCUGGCAUUUCAGAGCUUGUGGAAGAGAGGAUUGAGGAGUUGGAAAAAGAAAGGAUGAGUAAAAGAGAGAAACUAAAAUCACGAUCUUUUAGGAAACAGCUUGACUUGGCUGAAGAGUUUGAGAAGAAACAAGCAUAUACUGGUUUGCAUUGGGAGGAAGGGGCUGCUGCUCAGCCAAUGAGACUUGAGGGUGUUAAGAUCGGUUCGACGAAUUUAGGCUACUUUGAUGUUGAUGCUAACAAUCUCAUCAGCGGAACCAUUUCGUCGCAGGCAUUUAAGAGAGACCAUGGUUCUCCUCAGGUUUUGGCUGUUCAUUUGAAUUUUAUUGCAGUGGGUACGUCCAAGGGGGUCAUCGUCGUUGUACCAAGUAAAUAUUCUUCUGAUACUGCAGAUCAGAUGGAAUCAAAGCUGAUUUGGCUUGGUUUACAAGGAGACAGAUCCCUGUCCCCGGUUACCUCGGUUUGCUUCAAUCAGCAAGGGGGCCUCCUGCUAGCCGGUUAUGGUGAUGGACAUGUUACAGUUUGGGACGUGCAGAGAGCGUCGGUAGCAAAAGUGAUCACUGAACACACUGCACCAGUAGUUUAUGCGUUUUUUAUAGGUCGGGAUUCUCAAGGUUCUCGCCAAUUUAAAGUAAUCACAAGUGAUACCAAGGGUGUCGUUUUCAAGCAUACUUUCUCUUGGACUCUGUUGUUGAACAUGUACUCGGUAAAAACGCAGUGUCUUCUCGAUGGACAAAAAAAUGGAAUGGUCCUCUCAGCAUCACCUCUGCCUGAUGAUAUUUUUGGAAGCUCCUUGGCCUCUUCUAAGGUGGGUAACACUGCAGUUCCAUCCAGCAGUAUAAGUAGCAUGAUGGGAGGUGUUGUUGGGGUUGAUUCAAGUUGGAAGCUCUUUAAUGAGGAUUCAUCUGCGGUAGAAGAAGGGGUUGUCAUAUUUGUCACCUAUCAAACUGGACUGGUGGUAAAGCUCAUUCCAAAUUUGGAGGUGUAUGCACAACUUCCUAGGCCAGAAGGGGUUCGGGAGGGUUCCAUGCCAUACACUGCCUGGAAAUGCUCAAUGGAAAAUUCUUCUAAGGAGGCAGAAGAUAGGGUUUCUUUUCUUGCCAUUGCCUGGGAUCGUAGAGUUCAGGUUGCCAAGUUGGUAAAAUCAGACCUAAAGGAAUAUGCCAAAUGGUCACUUGACAGUGUAGCUAUUGGUGUGGUUUGGCUGGAUGACCAGUUGCUGGUGAUCCCAACUGUGACGGGCCAUUUGUAUCUGUUCACAAGAGAUGGUGUAGUAAUUCACCAGACAAACUUUUCUGUGGAUGGUUCUUCAGGGAAUGACCUGAUUUCCUAUCAUACAUACUUUACGAAUGUCUUUGGAAAUCCUGAGAAAGCUUAUCACAACUCUGUGGGUGUCAGAGGGGCUUCAGUAUACAUUCUCGGGACUGCUCAUCUUGUUAUCUCCAGACUUUUGCCAUGGAAGGAGCGGGUUGAUGUUUUAAGGAGAGGAGGUGAUUGGAUGGGUGCAUUUAACAUGGCAAUGUCACUUUUUAAUGGGCAGGCUCAUGGGGUUGUUGACCUCCCCAAAACUGUGGACGCCAUAAGGGAAGCCAUAGCACCCAGUUUAGCAGAGUUGCUACUCUCCUAUGUAGAUGAAGUAUUUUCUUAUAUCUCAAUAGCAUUUUCCAACCAGAUUGAAAAAAAUGGAGUAACUCAUGAGCCAAGCAGUGGAACCAAGAAUGCUAAUUUAGAGAUAGAAGAACAAUACAAUCGUGUUGGUGGUGUUGCCGUUGAAUUUUGUGUUCAUAUUAACAGGAUGGAUUUGCUCUUCGAUGAAAUAUUUUCCAGAUUUGUGGCUGUACAACAAAGAGAUACAUUUUUGGAACUUUUGGAGCCUUAUAUUUUAAAGGAUAUGCUUGGAUCGCUUCCUCCAGAGAUUAUGCAAGCACUGGUAGAACAUUAUAGUAGGAAAGGAUGGCUACAAAGAAUUGAGCAGUGUGUUCUGCACAUGGAUAUUUCUUCCUUAGAUUUCAAUCAGGUUGUCAGAAUUUGCCGUGAGCAUGGCCUUUAUGGGGCCUUGCUAUAUCUUUUCAACAAAGGGUUGGAUGAUUUCAGGUCACCUCUGGAGGAACUCUUGAUUGUCUUACGGAACAGUGAGAGACAAAGGGCUACAACAAUUGGGUACCGGAUGCUUGUUUAUCUAAAAUACUGCUUUCUUGGUUUGGCUUUUCCACCAGGACAUGGAACUCUGAUUCCUACACGCUUGCCAUCCCUUAGGACCGAGCUGAUUCAGUUUCUACUGGAGAAAUCAAACGUCCAUGACUCUAGUACAUGUGUAAAAUCUCAACGGAUUUACUUGAACCUCUACCACCUGCUAGAGAUGGAUACUGAAGCCACUUUAGAUGUCCUAAGAUAUGCAUUUGCAGAAAAUGAAAUGGUGAAUCAUGAGAAUCAUCUGCUGGAGUCCGGUGAAGUAAGUUUGGAGUCCAAGACUGAUAGCAGUAUGCCCGAAGAUGGAUGUAACGAUAUGUUGAUCCAGAAUCUGAUAGAUGCUCUAGUUCUUGUUCUUGAUGCGGGGUUAAAUCAACCUGAUGAAUCUGGCGAUCCAGAUGGUUCAAAAUCAGAUAAAAAUUGGCCCUCCAAGGAGGAUAGAAGUCAUUUAUUUGAGUUUGUUGCAUAUUAUGCAGCACGUGGCAGAGUUAGUAUUCCGAAGAGCAUAUUGGCACAUAUUUUAGAGUACUUAACAUCAGAUCACAUUCUUCGGACAUAUAACAUAUCUCCUAAAAUGAGAGAGAACCAAUUACUAAACCUUUUGAAAGCUGUACCGGAGACUAAUUGGGAUGCAGCUUAUGUGUCUCAGCUUUGUGAGACAGCACAUUUUUAUAAGGUCUGUGGCUAUAUUCAUACUAUCGGUCGACGAUACGUUGCUGCUUUAGAAAGCUACAUGAAAGAGGCAGAUGAACCCCUACAUUCGUUUUGCUACGUGAACAAGAUGCUCUCACAGUUGAGGGGAGAUGAAUUUACUGCUUUUCAUUCUGCAAUAAUUUCUAGGAUUCCACAGCUCCUAGAAUUGAGCAGAGAGGGAGCAUUCUUUCUGAUCAUUGAUAAUCUGAAAGACAACAUUACACGCAUUCUAGAACAGCUCCAUUCUCAUCCAAGAAGCUUGUUCCUUUAUCUCAAGACUGUCAUUGAGGUUCACUUGUCUGGGAGUCUUGAAUUUUCUCAUCUAAGAAAACAUGAGGCCGUAGAUAGUUCGGGUGAAAACAUUAGAAGGGAUAUGCCCAAAGAGGUUGAGAUUUAUUUGGAAGGACUUAAUGGCUUUCCCAAAUUCAUCCAAGAUAAUCCAGUCAAUGUGACUGAUGAUAUGAUUGAGCUUUACGUGGAGCUAUUAUGCAAGUACGAACCGAAGUCCGUCUUGAGAUUCCUGGAAACCUUUGACAGCUACCGAGUGGAACACUGUCUACGUCUCUGCCAGGAAUAUGGUAUUAUAGAUGCAGCGGCAUUCCUCUUGGAAAGGGUAGGUGAUGCAGCAAGCGCUUUGUCACUUACACUCUCUGGACUUAACGAAAAAUUUGCCGAGCUUGAAAAUGCGGUGGAAUGCCUAGUGUCAGAAUUGAUGUUGGGUGCUAGCGAAGAAGCCAGCUUGGAACUGUUCAGUAGUGCUCUAGAGUUGAAGGAGGUACAUGACAUACAAGGUGUUUUACAAGCCUGUAUAGGAUUGUGUCAACGCAACACUCCCCGUCUUAAUCCAGAGGAGUCAGAGAUUCUUUGGUUUCGCUUUCUUGAUACUUUCUGUGAACCUUCGAUGGAUUCAUAUCAGGAACCGAGGAACGUCAAUGAAAUAUACAAAGGCCUUGCGGAUGUUAAAUCGUUGGAACUGCCUGUAGAUGAAGCAGCCGACACAGUCAAGUGGAGAAUUCCAAGAUCUGAUGCAGCGGGUACACACAUCCUGAGGAAACUCAUAUCUCAGUUUAUCAAAGAGAUUGUUGAAGGAAUGAUAGGAUAUGUUCGUCUUCCAACAAUCAUGUCAAAACUUCUUUCUGACAAUGGUACUCAAGAAUUUGGUGAUUUUAAACUUACAAUAUUGGGAAUGCUUGGAACAUAUGGCUUCGAGCGGAGAAUACUGGAUACUGCGAAGUCCUUAAUCGAAGAGGAUACAUUCUACACCAUGAGCUUACUCAAGAAAGGUGCUUCUCAUGGGUAUGCACCCAUAAGUUUGCUUUGUUGUAUAUGCAAUUGUCCUCUCACCAAGACAUUCUCUACUCUUCGUGUACGUGUUUUCAACUGCGGCCACGCAACACAUAUUCAGUGUGAACCGUCAGAGAAUGAGAUGUCAUCAUCAUCAUCAUCAUCAUCAUCAUCAUCAAUUCACGUCGCGUCAUCAGGUUGUCCUGUUUGUAUGACCAAGAAGACCACGCAAAGAUCAUCUAAAGGUAAAUCAUUCUACCUAGAUUAUGGACUGAUAAGCACAGUUUCUUCAAGCACCGGGACUUCACAACGCACGUCGCUUUACUCACAUGAGAAUGAAAUGAUCGAUCAUUCUCAUAGCCAACAAAUACCAAGGUUUGAAAUCCUAACCAAUCUACAGAAAGAUCAGAGAUUGGUACAGAUAGAGAGCUUGCCUCGAUUAAGGCUUUCACCUCCAGCUGUGUACCACGAAAAAGUGAGCAGAGUCUCGGGUUUUACACCGGGUGAGAGUAGCGGCAAAGACACGAAACCUGUAAAACCAUCCCAAAGUGGACUGAGUAUGAAAAUGAAAGCAAAAGGAUCGAUUUUUCGGCCAAGACUUGGUAAGUCCGUUUUUUCAAGGCCAAGAGUUGGUAAUUAGGAUUAUGACUGGAACCCUUACAGAUUGAUGCUUAAUUUAUACUUGUUAAGCUUUUGGGAAGGAAAAGACGAGCAGAAGAUAAGGAAGCUUCACAGUUUGACAUCUGAAACCGGCUUAGUGACAACUAAAUGGUAUCAAAGAGUAGAGAGUUGUGUGAUGGGGACCUUUUUGUUUUGUUUUGUGUAGUUAGGAAAAUUAGUGGAUGGCAACUUUUUUUUACUUGAUGUAUAUAGUAUAGUACCAAAAAGUAAGUAAUAAAACCAUCCUGGUGAGCCAAGAAAUUUGAUUGUAA